GGCCGAAGAGCGGGAGGCGGCCGAGCAGCUGCAGGAGGCGGCUCUCGCGGCGCGCAUCGGCCCAGGCCCGCGCGGGCAGCCGGCGGCCCGAGGGCGGCCGCGUCAGCGUCUCGUAGUCCAGGGCGUAGCGCUGCGAGUCGCGCGGCCGCUCCCGCAGCUCGCGCAGGGCCCGCACGCGCCGGGCCAGCUCGGCGAUCAGCCGCGGCCGCACCUUCUUCCGCGCCAUGGCCGUCGUGCCUCUGCGUCCCUGCCGGAAGCCGCCGCCGGAAGCGCCCGGUGUCGCCCGCAAAGGCGUCCGGCGCGGCCGGAAGCGGAGGAGAGGCCGGGCCGGCCAUGGCGAGGGUUGGGUCCGGGAGGGCCGGGGGCGCGCGCCGGGGCCGGGGCUCGCGGCGGCCGCCGACCUGGGAGAUCUCGGACUCGGACGCCGAGGGCCCCGACAGCUCGGAAGCCGGCCCGGAGGCCGCCGCGAGGGCCCAGGCCCCGGCGGAGGAGCGCAGGGCGGCGGCCGAGGCGCUGCGGCUGCUGCGGCCCGAGCAGGCCGUGCGGCGCCUGGCGGUGCGCGUAGACCCAGCCAUCCUGGAAGAUGCCGGCGCCGACAUCCUGAUGGAGGCCCUGGGCACCCUGGGCUGUGAGUACCACGUGGAGCCCCAGUGCCCGGCCCGGAGCCUCAGGUGGUGCAGAGUGAGGCCAGACCCGUGCCCCUGCGGUGUCCCUCCUGAGGUGUGGGCUGCAGAUGAGCAGGACCUCCUGCUGUUGCUGGAACCCAAGGAGUUUCUGCAGGGCAUCGCCCAGCUGACCCAGAUCUGUGGCCCAACCUACUCGGUGCCCUGGGUCUCUCCUGAGAGCCACGCUUGCCCCCACCUGGCCGUCAUCGGGCUGGACGCCUACCUGUGGUCUCGCCAGCCCAGCACCCAGAAGAAGCAGCAGCCGGAGAGUCCAGCAGUGGCCUGUGCCGAGCUGGCCGUCGGGUGGCCUGAGGUGGAGGAGGCCCUGGUGCUCCUGCAGCUCUGGGCAAACCUGGACGUGCUGCUGGUGGCCUCCUGGCAGGAGCUGAGUCAGCACGUGUGUGCCUUCACCAAGGCCCUCGCCCAGCGCCCCUACAGGCAGCACCAGGAGUCCCAGGCCCUCUCCUUCUGCACAGCGGGGCGCUGGGCCACAGGCGAGCGCAUAGCAAAAGAUGGUACAGGGCUGCAGGGGGCCUGGCGGCGGCAAAUCAGACAAUUCAACCGGGUCAGCCCGGCCAUGGCGGACGCUGUCGUCUCCGCCUUCCCCUCCCCUCGCCUCCUGCAGCAGGCAUACGCGGCUUGCAGCACAGAGCAGGAGCGCCUGGCCCUCCUGGCUGACCUCCCCGUGAAGGUGGGCGAGGGUGUGCGGCCGCGCAGGGUGGGGCCCGACCUUUCCCGCCGCAUCUGCCUCUUCCUGACUACCGCUGACCCCGACCUCCUGCUGGACCUGGGCUCCUGACAAUGCCUGCUGGCCAGACACAACACAGCCCACCCUGGGGACUGAC